CCAAGGAGCGCGAGUGUCCGUGUCCGCGCUGCCACUGCCGCAGGCUGCCGUCUGCGCCUGCGCGCGCCACAGACCUCGUUGUCAGAGAGGCCGGGAUGGAGGACGCUGAGACGCGCCGUUGCCAUAGCAGCCGGGUCCCGGCUGCCAUUAUUCCCUAACACACAGAAAAUGGAUGAAAAUAAAGAUACUGAUUCCAAAGAAACUGGAGAAUAUGAAGAUGACUUUGAAAAGGAUCUGGAGUGGUUAAUUGAUGAAAAAGAACAAAGUGAUGUCAACAUAAUAGAGAUGGCUUGUGGGAAUGAAGAGAGCAUUAGCAAUGAGUUAAGAGAGAAUGAAACAGAAGCCGAACACACGGGACAGCUUCCUGAUCCUGACACAUCCUGGAGGGACGAGGCUUCACCAAGAAAAAAUGACUUCAUUUCCGUGCCGAGCAGUCAGUCUCUGGAACCCAUGUCAGAUUCAGACAGUGAAAACUCCUUCCAGGAAUCCAGACUGGAAAGCCAGAAAGACGUGGAGGAGGACGAGGAUGAGGAAGUGAGGAGAUACAUUAUGGAGAAAAUUAUACAAGCCAACAAGAUUCUACAGAAUCAAGAACCAGUGAAUGACAAGAGGGAGCGGAAACUGAAGUUCAAGGACAAAUUAGUGGAUCUCGAAGUUCCUCCGCUGGAAGACACUGACGACUACACACGUUUUGAAAAUGAGAGCAAUGUGUCUGGGAAGCUGUCGCAGUUACAUCUUUCCAAUGAACCUGGACGGGAAGGUGUGGUCCUGUCGCUCCCUGGCGGGGGCUGUGAGGAGAACAAGGACCGGAAGGUACUGGUCGAGAGAGAUGGGAAGUUUGAACUUAUGAAUCUGCAAGACAUUGAGAGUCAGGGGUUCUUGCCCCCCAUUAGCAAUGCCAACAGUUCAGAAAAUGAUGCUCAGCAGUCAUCAGCCAGGUCCUCCAGCUCAGCUGUCAGUGGUGUCACGAAGGAAGAGCCUGCAGCAAAGAUCCAGGGCUCAUCCACAGAGGAGCCCGCGGCUUUCCCCCCUCAGCCGCCGCCGCCCAGCCCCAAGGCGCGGCCCAGCUCCGCUGCCAACUCAGAGCCCAGUAAGGGGAACGGGAAGUCUAAUCACAGGAUACAGUCUGCCAAUGUAUGUCCAGUGACCUCCACGUAUUGUCUUUCUCCGAGACAGAAGGAACUGCAAAAGCGGCUGGAACAAAGGAGAGAGAAGCUGAAGAGGGAGGAAGAACUACGGAAAAUAGAAGAAGAGAAAGAAAAGAAAAAGGAGAACGACAUAGUAUUUAAAGCGUGGUUGCAAAAGAAAAGAGAGCAGGUUGUAGAAAUGAGGAGAAUUCAGCGAGCAAAGGAAAUUGAAGACAUGAGCAGCAGACAGGAAAACAGAGACCCACAACAAGCUUUUCGAUUAUGGCUUAAAAAGAAGCACGAAGAGCAGCUGAAAGAAAAAAAGACAGAAGAACUACGAAAGCAGGAGGAAUGCUUGUUUUUUCUCCAGGGGACAGAAGGCCGUGAACGGGCCUUUAAACAGUGGCUACGAAGGAAGCGGGUGGAAAAACUGGUGGAGCAACAAGCUGUCAAGGAAAGGACUAGACAGUUCCGCCUGGAAGCAAAGCGUUCCAAACAGUUUCAGCCAUAUGUGUCCGAAGCCAGAUCCUUCCGUUUUACUGACCAUUACAACUGAAGUGCAAAUCUAUGAAGACAGACACCUUAAGUCAGCAUGAUGGUGCGAUAGAACGAACACCAGACGCCGAGUCAAAAUAACUCCAGUUCCUCCUGCCACAGACUGUGUGACCUGGGGCAAAUCCCUGACCUUUCCCCUCCUCCUCGCUCAGUGCUUUCAGAGUAAUGCAAACACCAGCGUGUCUUCAAAUCACUGCUUUCCCGCAGACGAGAGUGCUGGGAGCUCGGCAGGCUCGCCUGCCUCCUAGCCUUUGUCUCCUCAGCUUCCGGAAAUGUGCUUGGUACAGAAAAGGUGAAUUGGUGCUUCCUGAAGUUCACUGAUGUUAACACACCCUAGAGGAUUUCACGCUAACAGCCAGUAACUAGCUCAUCCUAGAACUGCUUAAUUUUUGUCCCCUCCCCACCAAAUCAUUAGUGAAAGACUCAGCUACAGUCCAAGACACAGAUGAUCCCCAGGCCUCUAUGAGAUCUACUCCGCUGGCUCAAACAUGCCUUUGCCCUAUCAUCAUAAAUGUCAUGGUUUAAAAACAAUUAUCAUCGAAAGAAGACUUACCUUUAGUUUGUAAACUCUCAAGAGUAGUCAUUUUUAAUCAAUGAAAAUGCACCCCAAGACUUCUACUGAAUAACCUAAAAAUGUAUAAAAUGAAAGAAUUAAAACAAUACUGUAUAAACACAUUUACUAAGUAAUACCCUGAAACUUAAUUAUAUUCUCCUUACUUCUGUAUUUAGUAACAUGCAUUUAGAAAGGGAGUAUCCCUCACACCCCUUUUUUAACAGGCGGUAUUGUUAAAGCUACCAAAUCUCUCUCUCUCACACACACAAAAAAUCAGGGGUGGUGUUUCUGUCACUGUCCUCACCAGGAUACUCUAAAUUACUGGAUGUGUGUCCUGAAUUUCAGUUCAGAAAUAGCACAUAAGCUAUUGCAGAGGCUCUUGCAUCAUUGACAUAACAACUGGAAAUUUAAAGUAAUUAGUGCCAGCAGACACUGGCACUAAUGUGUUCACUUUGUAUAUCAGAGCUUCUAUUUAGAUGUUUAACAAACAAAAAUAUUCAUGAUGGCUCACUUUGCACUU